ACUUCAACCUUCUUCGAUAUUUUGCUUCUGUGGAUUUGUUUUUAUUAUGCUCAUUGGUUAUAAAAUAAGCGAAGUAUAAUAACUUAUUUCUAAAACUGGUUGUCAGCGGUAAUUUCGGCGUAAAAUGGUGUUUUUAACGUUAUCAAACUUGAUAAGAUGCAGGGGUCCUGAUGAAUUUUGGAGAAAGAGGAAAAUUUUUAGGUUAGCAGCUCAUUUUCUAGGUCGACGUCGGAAUACUUAUUCAGUAGCUGUUCGAAAUGUUCAUCGCGCGCUAGUAUACUCAACUAAAGCCCGUGCUUUAAAAAAAGAAGAUAUGAAAAAUUUAUGGGAUACGAGAAUUACAGCUGCUUGUGAGCAGCAAAACAUCACCGCAUUUAGUCUUAGAGAAGGUUUAGAGCGUGCCAACAUAUUGCUGGAUCGGAAAUCCUUGUCUGAUUUGGCUUCUUGGGAACCUAAAACUUUUGAAAGCCUGGCUGCAGUUGCAAAACAGAAACUUUGCUUUGAUGGUUUUGUGGACUCUACGGACAAAAAAGAACCCACUGGAAACGAUAUAAAUCUUAAUAGUGUUUGGUUAGAAGGUUUAAAAGAUGGAAAAUAGUUAUUAUAUUUUAUUUUAUAAUAUUUUAGGAAUAAAUAGUAACUAGAUACUA